AUCACAAACAUCAGCCCAAUAAUUGAUUCAAGCUAGAGUAACAAACAAUUUCUAACUACAGUGAAUAAAUAAAUAAACCUGCAGACUGAAACCGCCGGAGAGCAGAGUCCUGUCCAAAAGCUGUGGUGUCCGUUUCCUUUAAGUCUCAACCAAAGUUGCAGAAAGCCAGACGCUAAAAUACUAAACCUAGCUAGCCCAAAACGGUACCGUUUUUUGCUCCAAUCUCGUUUACCUUAAGGUGUUUAUCUUGGUAAUUGAUAUUUUGCUCAAAUCUUUCAACAAGUAAAUAUUGCAGCUUUUAAAAUUGUGGGUUUUUUUUUUUUUGCUUGCUUGCUUAAUCCAUGGCUUCUUCCAUGCUUAAUGGAGCAGAAAGCUUCACUCUCAUUAGGGGGGUAACCCCAAGAAGGGUUGAUUUUUUUGGGUCAGGAAUGGCUCCAAAGUGCGGCUUAUCAGCAUCAAGGCCAGCUUCACAACCAAGAUUCAUACAACACAAAAAAGAGGCUUUUUGGUUCUACAGGUUCCUCUCAAUUAUAUAUGACCAUGUGAUAAACCCUGGUCACUGGACUGAAGACAUGAGGGAUGAUGCACUUGAGCCAGCCGAUCUCAACAACAGGAACAUGAUUGUUGUAGAUGUUGGUGGUGGAACUGGUUUCACUACUUUGGGUAUCGUUAAGCAUGUGGAUGCUAAGAAUGUUACAAUACUCGACCAAUCUCCGCACCAGCUUGCCAAGGCUAAGCAAAAGGAGUCUUUGAAGGAGUGCAGGAUAAUUGAAGGUGAUGCAGAAGAUCUCCCCUUCCGUACUGAUUAUGCCGACAGAUAUGUGUCUGCUGGCAGCAUAGAGUACUGGCCAGACCCACAACGGGGCAUCAAGGAAGCAUACAGGGUGUUGAAACUAGGAGGAAAAGCUUGUCUGAUUGGUCCUGUGUACCCGACAUUCUGGUUGUCACGCUUCUUUGCGGAUGUUUGGAUGCUUUUCCCUAAGGAGGAAGAGUACAUUGACUGGUUUGAAAAGGCUGGAUUUAAGGAUGUCCAACUCAAAAGGAUUGGCCCUAAGUGGUAUCGUGGAGUUCGCAGACAUGGUUUGAUCAUGGGGUGCUCUGUAACUGGUGUCAAACCUGCAUCUGGGGACUCUCCUUUGCAGCUUGGCCCGAAGGCAGAGGAUGUAUCGAAACCAAUAAACCCAUUAACAUUCCUGUUGCGCUUUAUACUGGGUACCAUGGCAGCUACGUAUUAUGUAUUGGUCCCUAUCUAUAUGUGGUUGAAGGAUCAAAUUGUGCCGGAAGGUCAACCAAUCUAAACAGCGGCCGUACCUGCUGCUGCCCCUUCCAAGUUGCCUAUAUUUCUUUAGUCAUGUGUUUUAUCAUCUUCUAGCUAUGUGUUUUAUCAUCUAAUAUUAUCCUGUUCUUAAUUCAGAUCUUCAAGCCUGUUUUCGUGUAACAUAUUAGCUUUCUGUUUUCUUUGUUCAAAGCUGAAUUAUCAUAGAUAAACAAGAGAUUAGAAAAUAAAAAAGUCCAGAGAUCAGCCUAGGGAUCAAUUCAGCA